AUGGAGAACUCCAGCAUUGUUGGAUGGGAAUAUUAUUAUGGCUAUGAAGAUCCAGUCAUUGUGGACGCCAGCAAGUUGAAAUAUAACAGAUAUUCGAUCGUUAUUGCCUUUUGGAUCACUCUGGCUGCCUUCGUGGGAGUCCUCUUCCUCACCUUGAAUCUCAUGUCAAACGGUGGGCGAACAGCGUGGUGA